CUCAAAUCCAUGUCCAAGUGGUUUUCUAGUUUCUUUUUCUUGUUUGGUUUCAGGAUGUGAGUGCUGUGCUGCCAUAGAAACUGCAGAAAAAAGAAAUGGAAGUCAGUGCUCACUGCCACUGCUACAAGUCUCUUGUUCUUCCCAAGCUUCCUCCUCAUGCAGCUCAUGCUGCUCUGAGUCACGUUGUUGCUUUUCGGCAGCGCUCCUCCAGUAUUAAUAGUACAAGUCCACAGCUCCUCCGACUCCAACGCCAACGCCAACCGCUACUUUUUAGUAUCAAACCAAAAUCAAAAAACCACCGAACAAUUUAUGCCGCCUCCUCUUCCUCCUCGGUUCAGACUCCACCAGAUAAAUGGCUUCUGGAGCCCGUUGGCGAUGGAGAUUCAAGGCAUAUAGGUUUCAAGGUUCCGAUGCCAAAUGCAUUUGAAAUUUCUUCUAAUGAGGUGACUGUUGGCCGCCUCCCGGAAAAAGCUGAUAUGGUGAUUCCAGUUGCAACAGUAUCUGGCGUGCAUGCUCGCAUCCAAAAGAAAGAAGGGAAGCUAUUAGUAACAGAUUUGGACAGCACAAAUGGGACGUUCAUUGACGACAAACGGUUGAGCGCAGGAGUAGUUGCCACAGUACCACCUGGGUCUUGUCUUACGUUUGGAGAUGAGCACUUGGCUGUGUUUCGCGUCUCAAAACUGGAGAAUGUGGAAGCUGCAAGCAAUCCAGAUCCUUCUCAAGAUAAAGUAGAGACUGAUAUCCCAAUUGAAAGUACAAGAAGUUGAAAUAUAUACAAGAUAUCUUUGUAAGGCAUAUAUAAAUGAACAAGUUACUACAAAUAGCUUGGAAAUAAUGUUCUCAUAUGGAAAUAAAUCUCCAUGAAAUAAUCUAAAGAGAGCUUUACUAAA